AUGGGUUCCAUAAACUUACUCGAACCCACAUUGAGGGGGAGUGUUGAAGAAAGAAGAAAAGAAACUGAGUUCUCAGAGGCUGCACAAGCUAGGUUGCUUGUGCAGACCUAUCAUCACAGACCUCAGGGUAAAAAGGAGCAUCCUUUCCUGCAAAGUAGGAAAGCAUCAGCUGCUGCUGAUGAUACACCAACACCACCAGGACGACCAAAGUUCCCCAGCUUUCCAUUUCCUCGUGCACUUCCACCACUACCUGCUGGACUUGGCAAGCUUCCAUCUCCUAACCCUAAUUUUCAGAAAUGUUUCCAAGAUUUCAACAUUGAUCAAGAAUGUGGCCAACAAAUUAUGAAUUCUUUUACUUCUCUUAAAUUCAACGUUGAUGCUAAAUGUUGCCAGUCCAUUCAACAAGUAAUUGAUGACUGUGUUUCAGCCAUCUUUGGCAACUUUGAUAACCCAUUUUUUGGUCCUCUUUUGAAGCUAUUCUGCUCAUCAGGAUCACCAUAA